AUGACUACUCCAGAUGCUCACAUUAACUACAAAGACGCUAUAGACUACUGGACCAGUGUCCCAGCUACAGUCGAUGGUGUAUUGGGUGGAUACGGCGAUGAGACACCGUUACCCAACAUGGAUGUGCACGGUUCGAUGCAUUUCGUGAGGAAACUCAAGUCCAGAAUGAUUGCUGAUCCAGGUGCUAAGUACAGUUGCGAUAUUGGUGCGGGAAUCGGAAGAGUGACCAAAAACUUCCUAAGCAAAAUCAGCGAUAAAGUGGACUUGGUUGAGCCAGUCGUGCCAUUUGUAGAACAGGCCCAUAAGGAGUUGGAGCCGUUGAAGAAGGAGGGGAAGAUUGGCGAAAUUUUCCAGAUUGGAAUGCAAGACUGGGUCCCCGAGGAAAACAAGUAUUGGCUAAUCUGGUGUCAGUGGUGCGUGGGCCAUCUGCCAGACGACCAAUUAGUUCAAUUCUUCGAGAGAUGCAAGAAGGGUCUCCAGAAGAACGGAACCAUUGUCGUUAAAGAAAACAACACUGUCGGAGAGGACGACUUCGACCCGGUAGACAGCAGUGUCACAAGGUCUGAUGAAAAGUUCCAAAAGCUCUUCAAGGAAGCUGGCCUAAAGAUGAUCGCUACCGAAAAACAAAAAGGCCUACCGGAAGGUUUGUACCCAGUACGAAUGUACGCAUUAAAGCCCAUCACUGAGUAG